CGAGAAACCCGAGAGAUUCCGAAGAUGAACGAGCUCCGAUUACGGACUUUACUGCAAGAUCGCUAUAAUACGGAAUUCUUUUCCUUAGUUCACAAGAUAAGUCGUCCAUUUACUGGGACACCAUGCUAUUCUAACAACCUCGCCUGCCAUCCUACUGUUGGAGAUAUGCGAAGUGCCCUGAAAGUGAAAAUACAAAAUGCCAUUAAUUCAGCAGUUCUUGUUGAAUCUGAGGAUCGUGGGAUAUUUGUAGGGGGUCGGAGGAGAAACAGGAAAAAGAAACGAACCAAACAUGUUAAAACAGAAAAGAAGAAAACAAAGAGGUCAGAGGUCGGAAAGGGAUCCCCCAACCUGACGGAUAAGAACAACAGAGUUGUCCAACAGAAGUCAGUGGAAGAAGACACCAAACCUCUGAUCGAGUCAGGAUUCUGUGACAGUAUUAUCUCCCUUGAAGACGUGCUUGGCCUUGACCUUGAGGAAGAAGAAGAGGAGGGGAUCCCGCCUCUUGUGGAGAGUGGAAUCAACUUUGGUCCCCUUGUGCAGUAUACAUAUGCAGUUCCAAACAUCACAGAUUACAUAGAACAGAUAGAAUCUAACGAUAUGCCGUUCUUUAAAAAGAAACAAUCACAGGAAGAUGUUGGACAGCUGCAAGAAAAAUCAAAAGAACAAGUCAACACUAAGGAAGAAUCCGAAGAACAAAUUGUGGAAAUCAGAGAAAACAAAGUAGAGCAAAUCAAGGAACCGGAAACGGAAGAUGUAAACCAAAGCGAGGCUAAAGAGAAACAUGACUCAUCCCCGCAGGAUGGGACGGAUGGUGGCACUAGUUUUUCAACAGAGGAUGGCAAGGCGACGCCAGCGAAUGGCGAAGUUAAAAAUCCUGAAACAACUCUAGACAAGACAGAAACAGAAGAAAAACAGACACUGGUCGAGGAUGGCAUCACCACAAAAUACGAAACCGAGGUUGAUGGCGUCGUCAUCGAAACAGAGCAAAAAACCGUUGCUGCUGUAACAGAACAGCCGAACGGAAAGCAGGUCUCUAAAGAGUCGUCUCCCCUGAUUACUAAAGAGGACGAUGGGACGUGUCUGUGCUGUACAAUCCUUUAAGUAGAAAACAAAAGACUCAGCCGAUUUUGUUUCGUCGGAACUUAAACUUUCGAUAGUCAGCGUGACUGUACAAGACUAAGAACUUGCAUGUUUAUUGUGAUUUUUUUUAACCGCUUUCAAUUGAUAGCGUUUUUGGAAUGUUUUUCAACGUGGCGAAUUCAUUUAGGUGUCUUAUCCAUUGUUUCAAUCAAUCUAACUGAACAUUGAUAUACUGAAAUGAAUAUAAUUUUUCACAGGGGACAGAAGUUUAUUCAGGUUUUAGAAGAAAAACAACGUUUCAAUUUAAAAAAAUGAAGAAAAAAAAAUGUUUAGAAACCACAGAGCAUAGACCACGUGAUGAACUUGGUCACGUGACGGACUGGGUACACUAUUUGUUUUUAAGAAGGAAUAUGCAUUUUCAUUAUACCGUUUACAUUUGUACCAUUUUUUGUGCUUAAAUGCAGUCAGACCUUUAAUAGAAUGUCGACAGAUUUAGCUUACUUAUCAUUCGAUGAUGAUUGCGAUGUUUUUCCAACUCAGUAUAUGUUUAUUGUGUGGCUUGAAUAAAAAGUAAUCGGUUUAUAGUACACAGCAAUCUUAA